AAUUCAUUAAAACCCCUAUAGCCUCGCAAGCUGCUAUAGACCAUACCAUGUGACCAUACUUAUCAUAAGUUUUGAAUACCUUUCUCAUUUACAGCAAAAUUUGGAAAGACCACUUUUUAGAUCUUGAUCUCUGGAAUCCCCAUUGUUAAUUGUACUGUUUGCACUGGCCUGUCAUUGAGUAGCAGUAUUAAAAGCAUUAUUCCUUUCUCUUUUUGUGCAGUACUGCAUGGAAGAUUUCUGUGUUAAUAGCAAUGGACUCCUGUACAUAUAUUUCCCUUUUGCGGGCCUGCAUUCACAGUAACGCCUUGCAACGAGCCAAAUUAAUCCAUGCCCACAUCAAUAAGACGGGAUUAAUUCCAGAUACCCUUCUAUACAACACACUGUCCAACACGUAUGUCAAGUGUGAGAAUGUGAUGGAUGCUCGCAAAGUGUUUGACAGAAUGCCUGAACGAAAUGUUUGCUCAUGGACUGUCAUGAUUGCGGCUUAUUCAAGGCAUGGAAAUUAUGAGGAAGCAUUUUCUCUGCUUCACCAAAUGCAAGAAACAGGUGUCGAGAUAAAUCAGUUUGCCGUAGCUAGCAUCCUGCCUGCGAUUGCCGGCAUGCAAUGUCUGAAACGGGGUAUGGAGAUUCAUGAACAUAUAAUAAGAAGUGGAUAUGAGUGUAAUUUUGUUGUGACAAACGCUCUCCUAAACAUGUAUGCAAAAUGUGGCAGCUUAAAGAUGGCGCGUAACGUGUUUGACAAAAUGUCUGAUCCAGAUGUAAUCUCUUGGACUAGCAUGAUUGUUGGAUAUGCACAGCAAGGAUUUGUUGAUGAAGCCUGGGGUUUCUUUCAAGAAAUGCCUCAAAGAGAUGUCGUUGCAUGGAAUUCCAUGAUUGCAGGAUUUUUGCAUAAUGGGUUUCUUGAUGAAGCCCUGAAACUCUUUAAGCAAAUGCCUCAGCGAGACAGUGUGUCAUGGAAUGUGAUGAUUGCUGGUAUUGCAGAUAAAGGAUUUGUUAUUGAGGCACAUAAAUUGUUUGAGGAAAUGCCUACAAGAGACGCAUUUUCGUGGAAUACAAUGAUUGCUGGAUUCGCACAGAACGGAUAUGUUAAUGAGGCUUUUAAUCUCUUUCAGGAAAUGCCUCAAAAGGAUGUCUAUUCCUGGACAGCAAUGAUCACAGGGUUUGCUCAAAAUGGUCUCGUUGACAAAGCCCUGAAACUCUUUAAGGAAAUGCCUGGACGAAAUUCGAUCUCAUGGAAUGCAAUGAUUGCAGGAUUCACACAGAAUGGGCAUGCCAAUAAGGCUCUGAAAUUUUUCCAACAAAUGCUCUCAGAAGGCGUGAAGCCAGACUCAAAAAUUUUCCCCACUGUUCUCUCUGCUUGUGCCAACUUGGCAGCUCUGGAACAAGGUGUGGAAGUGCAUAAAAGAAUAAUAGAGUGUAGAUUCCAGUUUGAUAUUGUGAUCACAAAUGCUCUGAUAGACAUGUAUGCAAAAUGUGGGAACAUUCAGAAGGCGCGAGAUUUAUUUGAUAAUACAAGUGGCCGAAGUGUGGUCUCCUGGACAGUCAUGAUUGCAGGAUAUGCCAUGCAUGGCUAUGGAAAGGAGGCUCUCCAGCUCUUUGAACAAAUGAAACAUUCUGGGACGAGCCCAAAUCAUAUAACCUUUGUUGGAGUGCUGUCUGCUUGCAGUCAUGCAGGUUUAGUGGAUGAAGGCUACGAAUACUUCAGUUCCAUGAAAAAUAAUCAUCACAUAAGACCUACAAUGGAGCAUUAUAGGUGCAUGGUUGAUCUUCUUGGGCGUGCUGGGUGUCUCCAUGAAGCCCAAGACUUCAUCAACAAAAUGCCAGUAAAAGCUGAUGUUACUAUAUGGACUAGUUUGCUUGGUGCUUGUAAAAUAUACAACACUAUAGACUUAGCUGAAUCCGUGGCAGAGCACAUUAUUGAGUUGGACAAUAAAAACCCUUCACCAUAUGUGCUUCUCUCAAACAUUUACGCUACAGCUGGGAGGUGGGAUGACACUGAAAAUAUAAGGAACAUGAUGAAAGAUAGAGGCAUAAAAAAGACUCCUAGCUGUAGCUGGAUUGAAGUUCAUAAACAGGUGCAUGGUUUUCUCACAAGAGAUAGAUAACACCCAGAAACUAAUGAAAUUUAUGCAAAAUUAGGGAGUAUAUGUUGGGAAAUGAAGGUGGCGGAAUAUGAUCCUGAUACAAAGUGGGUGUUAAGUGAUAUUAAUGAUGAAGAAGAGCAAAUUCCUAUCCACCUUAGUGAGAAGCUGGAAAUUGCAUUCGGACUGUUAAAACAAUCCUCAGGAACAACUAUUCAAGUUAUGAAAAACCUUCUAGACUGUGGUGAUUGCUACUCUGCAACCAAAUUCAUCUUCAAAAGGUCUAAGAUCUUGAACAAACUACUGCAUGUAUUGUCAUAAGCUCGAGAUGUUCCUUUCACACAAUUUAGCCCAUUGUAGGGGGCAUGAUGUGGAUAGACUAGAGGGCCAAGGAGAAGCCUUGUGAUUGUAUUAUGAUAUGUUGUACAAAUUCUGAUGUGUAUAUAUAAUAUUAGCUUGUAAGCUAUAAUCCAUUCAUGUGUACAUGUAUUUAAGUGUGACA